AUGGAGUUUAUAGGGAACCAUAACUCCCCUUUGGAGAGGGGUUCUGUAGCCCCAGUAGCAGCAUUGCUCCGCCAGGUCUACUUUGCCUGGCCUACGUCCCUCGAACGCCUUGUCCAUACUCCUGCACAGGUCCCGGUCCUGGCCUGCGCACAUCCAGGCCGUGUGGGGAGCAGAGGACCAAAGGACGACGGAGUCAAGACAGGGCUCGAUAUGAAGGAAGUUGUCCACGAUGCAAGGGAUGCUCAGCAGCACGAACCAGUGAUGAGUGGGUCGGAGAUUUUGUACAGCACGAAGUGA